AUGCUUCAAAAGGAAAACAUAAAAAAAGUUCGAAUUGCCGUUGAAGGCAAUAUUGGAUGUGGAAAAUCCACAUUCCUUGAGGAAAUUAAUGCAAUUUAUCCGAACAUGGAGAUUUUUCCCGAACCUAUUGAUAAAUGGUCUGAUGUUGGCGGUUUCAAUCUAUUUGAGAACUUCUACGCUAAUCCUCGUAAAUGGUGUACUCCUUUCCGGUCGCAUGUAAUGGCAACGAUCGCUGAUCAGUUGUCCAAACCACAGACCGCCAAAUUUCGAUUGAUAGAACGUUCUAUUCACAGUAAUUUUCACUGUUUUACGGAAGCGAACCACGAUGCGGGGGCUAUUUCGGAUUGUGAUUAUGAAGUUAUUAAAAAAUUUUACGCCUAUUUGUCAAGGUUGCCAAUGUUUAAGCUGGAAUUAAUUAUUUAUCUACGAUCAACACCAGAAAUUUGUGCUGAGCGCAUAAAACGACGUCAACGCAGAGGCGAAGAAGGAAUUAAUAUCGAAUAUCUUCAAAAGCUGCAUGAUUUGCACGAAAAAUGGCUUAUUGGAAGUACCCAGAAUAUAUCAGCUCCUUUGAUGGUAGGAAAAUUCACCUUUAAAUUUCUUGUUUUCGAAGAUUUUCGAUUGUUCCCAAAACAAAGAAGAAGUUAG